AUGACAAGACAAAGAUUGCCUUUGUAUGUGAAGGCAAAGGUUGCUUUUGGCGCAUUUACUGCUCAUCCUCAGCAAAGUAUCCCAGCAAAUGGCAGAUCAGAGAAGCUGUUUGUUGACAAGAUCAGAGAAGAGCCAGAGUAUUUCAUGCCCAUGAAGAUUGAGGAGCUGGUUAUGGAGAAGUGGAAGCUCAGUGUUAGUAGGCCGCAAUGCCAACAUGCUAGGAACAAAGCGCUCAGAUGGAUUGAAAGAGAGUAUGAUGAGCAGUUUGGACGGUUGAGGGAUUACUGCGCUGAGAUAAGAAGCUCGAAUGUUAAUUCUUCUGUUGAGCUUGACUGCCUGAGAAAUGAUGAUGGGAUCGAAGUUUUCAACAGAUUUUAUGUCUGUUUUGACAUUCUGAGGAGAACCUGGAAAGAAACGUUCAGGCCACUAAUUGGAGUAGAUGAUUGUUUCUUGAAGUCUAGGAUGAAAGGAAAGCUUCUCGUGGCUUUGGGUCGUGAUGCCGAUAACGCCAUUUACCCUAUCGCAUGGGCUGUGGUACAAGUAGAAAACAACAACAAUUGGUUGUGGUUUGUGAGAAAGAUCAAGGUUGAUCUAGGACUAGAUGAAGGAGAGGGUUAUGUUAUGGUUUCAGAUCGUCAAAAGGGAUUGAUUGCAGCUGUGAAGAGAGCACUAUCGCGAAUUGAGCAUAGGAUGUGUGUCAGACACAUCUAUGGCAACUUGAAGAAACUCCAUGGGAAGAAACCUGAAAUGAAGCUAAAGCUUUGGAACCUUGCUUGGAGCUACAAUGAUGCUGAUUACAAAGCAAAUCUCAAAUACUUUGAGAGGUAUGAUCAAGAUGUUUAUGACUACGUGAUGAAGGCAAAGCCAGGGAAGUGGUGUAGGGAAUUCUACAAGCUUGGAACUUUUUGUGAAGACGUGGAGAAUAGCUCAACUGAAUCUUUCAACAACUCCAUAGGUAAAGCCCGAGACAAGCCUUUUGUACCUAUGUUUGAGACAAUAGCUCGCUUGGCGAUGGUUCGUAUAGCGAGAAGAGAUGUCAUCUGCAGCAGCCACGAAGGGAUUUGCACACCGUAUGUCAUUGAGAUGCUCGAGAGUUUGCAUGAGAAAGCCUCGAAAUGCAUGGUUCAACCUUCCACCAACCAGACAUAUGAAUCUACUAGUAAUGACUGUGUGCAUAGGGUGAGCUUGGAAAAUAAAACAUGUAGCUGCAGAAGAUGGGAGAUUACAGGGAUCCCUUGUGAGCACGCCUAUGGAGUUAUGCUGAAGAAAGGUUUAGAGGCUCAAGACUUUGUGGUUCACUGGUUUAGGAUAGCUACGUGGAGGCGUACGUAUGCUGAAGGGAUUGUACCUUUGCGUGGAGCAAAGUUCUAG